AAAUAAUCCGUCGGUUUUAUCAGCUUUUGGUCCUGAUGCACAAAUUCCAAUUAACCGCCAAAUGGUGAACCAGGAGGAGGCGUUGCUGUCCUUCGGGUCUCCACGGCAGGGCUUCUCGACGUCCGUGCACAGUUUGGUGGACGAAGGGACGUUGGAAGACGAAGGAGGCAAGAACGCGACGGAGCUGCUCGCGUUCUACCGCCAGCGAUGCGAACAGUUCCACGCUGAACGAGAGCAAACGUUGGCACAUUUGGCACAGAUCGAGGUGCAGUGAAAACAUAAGGCUAAAUAACGUAUCACAAUGAUACCAACCGGUGAAAUGACGCUGCAGGUGUCCAAGGAAGAAGCGCAUCGCCUCAAAUGGGAGAUCAAGACCAAAAACGAGGAGAUUGCAGACCUGGAGGAGUCUUUGAAGAAAGCAAACGCCGCACUGUUUCAAGCUAAAGCGGAGCUCAUUGAUGUCCAGACGGAGAACAAAACGCUGAAACUUCAAGAGCAAGACGACCGCCAGAAAAUUCAAAAGUUGCUGGCACUUACGCAACCUAUAACCGAGCAGGUGACAUUCUUCCGAGAUUGCCGACCCGGUACACGAACAACGUAUCCAUCGGGACGAACACCGACACCAACGACGUAUCCAUAUCCAUCGACAAUGCACAUUGGGUCGGAGGAAAUGCAACAAAAGAAGAAAAAGCAAAAGUCAGGCUUUGCUGUGCGAGGCAACGCCCCGAGUCUCAUGAACAUCACACAAGCUAUCCCACCGAACAAAGUGCUACGGACGAUAUACAUGCCGAAUGAACAGACAGCAGCGUUGACGAAGACGAUUGAAAACCUCCAGAAACAACUCGAAGCUCACCAGCAACUCACAGAAACGCGCAUUCAAGCUCUAUUGGACGGAUUUGCUGAAGAGAAGGCGAAGAUUCUGUUGCAUCAACAGCAAAUUGAGGAGAAGAAUGCCCAACUUGAGAAGCAGGUAGAAAAAACCAAGCGAGUGCUUACCCAAACGACCAAAGAUUAUUUGGUACUGCGUCACAAAUCUCAAGAAACCGAACGUCUCGCGCACGAAGAGAUUUUCCAGGCGAAGCAGAAAUGCGAAAAUUUAGUCACGGAGAAGACCAAAUUGACGGAAAAAGUGCGAGAAGAGACGAACGCGCUGCGUGAAGUCGUCCGUGAAGAGGGGAACCAGACAGUUUUGGAGUUCCGGAACCAGGCGCUUUCUCGAGAACGAGACCUGCAUAUUUUGAAGGAGCAGUAUGCGGCUAUGCAAGAAGCGUGCACGAAGCGAAUCCAGGAUCUCCAGGUGCGUCUGACGAAGUUGAGAAGUCGGUACCGCAGUCUGGACAAGCGCCGAGCUAUGGAAAUGGAGGGAUUUACUCGAGAUCUGGCUGGACUGAAGCGACAUUUGCAGAAACUAGAGGUUAUACUUUACGGAAGAGGACUCACAGCUCAAGAACGACAAGUUUUGCGAUAUGACGAAAAUUAUGCAUUGGACUCCAACGAACUUAGUGACGAAAUCGCAGCCUUGCAGCGACGAUUGAUGGAUCUAUCGGCUGCCCUUGCGGAGGCAUGACGCAGUUUACUAUUGUUUUUUUUUUUUUUACUAUUGAGACAUAACGAAACAAUUGAAAGUGCUACAAACUACGAGAAAAAGCUAAGGUUAACCUCAUCUGAGUCUCAUUGGAAAUUCUUGCCCAUGAUCACGUGAAUACUCAGUA